AUGAGUUUCGUCUUGGACCAGGUCCAACGGAUUGAUGCUUCUCUCGAUCGCUUCCAACUGCGACUCGCGGAAGAUGAAAAAUGCGGCGUGAAGAGUAGUGAGGUGGUUGGAAAAGAAUUGGAUCCCCAAAUUGUUGCGUUGCAGGGUGCGAUUCGGGGGCUCUCUGCUCCUGCUGACGGGAGCAGCAGUGCGAAAGGGUUGGUGAAGAUCGGGACGAUCCGGGGGCUCUUGAAAGUUUUAUUGAGUGAGGAUGUCGCUGGGGCGCAAGGGGCGGCGGAAGACGACGACGACGCAGCAGCAGCAGGGCGGAAAGAUGCGUAUCGGGAAGAGCUGGAGUGGUUGUUGGUCUGCAAAGCCACGACGCAGGUCUAUGGACAUGUGCUGGACAGGAUCCUCGAGGAAGCGGUGAAUCUGAGUGAGGAUCUCUGGUACUGGGAUGAAGUGCUCUCUUCGCGCGCAUACACGGCCCUCUACAGCGUUCAGACUUCUCCUCUCCGUCUAUGGGCUUGGACGGGGAUGGUCUGGCAGGAUGUCAAAUCACGCGGAGGGAAUUUCAGUUUCCAGGGAGUAGGGCAAGAUGCGCAGGAUACCGUCACGGGGCGAUGGAAGGAAUUCUAUGGAUUGGUCAGACAGGUGGUGAAGGAGAGAAGUGUGAAGGAAGUGCACAAACAGCUCUUGUCGCCCGUGACUAGGAUUCGCAGCGAGGUGAGGCAGAAGCAGGAAGCGCUGAAGAGGGUGCGGAUACGGCAUGCGAAUGCCUUGGGCGUUCUCCUGGGUGAAGGGUUGGGGAAUGAGAGUACGACGGGGGGCGUCUUUAACAUCCUCCCGAACGCGCAGACGCAGUAUUUACAACGCAAGUUGCGGGCUUCCAUCGCGAGGAACGUGGGCUUGAUGGAGGCUGUUCUGCUCAAGAUCAAUGACUCGAAGACUCCGACUGAAAAGUUCGAUGCGGCUGUGGGAGAGCUGACGGAUGAUGAUCCGUACUUCACUUCGGAGUCAGCGGACCUCAACCUGCCUGCGCAGGCAGUCGCGGAGAGGCUUGCGAGGGUGUUGACGCUUGGCCUGUCGCAGUAUCAGACUUCUACAAGCUUGGCGGUUCAAGAGCAUGGAAAGCCUUCCAGGGUGGUGAGGUACUGGCUUCCUGUGACGAUUGGUGUUCUCUCGUCAAGCACGAUACUUCGAAUACUGGCGCACCGCCAAGCAGAAGUGGUACAAUGGAUCCAAGACUUGGGGACGACCGUCGUGGAUUUCUGGCAGAACUGGGUCGUGGAGCCUACAAGGAAUCUCAUCAAGACAAUACGGCACGACGAGGGUAGCGAGAUCAGCAUCAUGUCUAAGCGUUCUCUGGAGGGCGAUCGGGAUAGCCUGGAGAGGAUGGUUGUCGACUUUGCCAUUGAUAAUCCCACCAACGCGACUGGGUCCAACUCAAGCCUUACGGAGACCGAGAUUGCAGAUAUCCGGUCGAAGGUCCGGGAAGGCGAUUUGACACCAGUACUCAAGGCUUAUGAGAAAGACUUGACGUCGCCAUUGAUGGGAGCUGUCCGUGGCAAUCUGAUCCGAGCUCUUCUUAUCCAGAUUCAGAAGACGAAGGUGGAUGUUGAAAUUGCCAUGGGAGGGAUCGACUCUCUGCUCAAGUCACAAGAGCUUCUGAUCGGCUUCAUAAGCCUGACACCAGGCCUGUUGGUCGCAUACGGUGUCACGCGCUACAUUCGCGCUUCGCUGACCCAGAAGCGUGGCUCCAAGGCUCAACGCAAGCAAGGCAAGAUGCUCCGCCAACUCCGCAAUGUUGACCGCAUCAUGACCAGCAGCACGCCGACGGAAUACGGAGAGCUGUCGUACAAGGAUCAAGGACUGCUCCUCUGCGAAGUGCACGUACUGAGAGAGGCAGCCAGGAUGACGAUGCCUGGGGAGAUCUACCGGGAGUUUAGCGAGGAGGCCGACGAGCUUUGUGAUGUGCGCGUGGGGAUCGAGAGGCAGAAAGCUGUUGCGAGUCGAAUGAGAUGGGCGUACGGGAAAUGGCUCACCUAG